AAUUGAAGAGGAGGAGAAAGAAGCAUCUUAGAAUUGCAGAACCGUCAGAGUCUGACAUUUUUGGUCCGUUCGGAUGUAAUAUGACAUCCAACAGUAAUACAAGCACGACUAGCAAUACCAAGCGCAAGUUGGUUGGAAUCCUGAAACAUAAUCAAAGAGAGUCGUCAGAUGAUGAUGAUGACGAAGAGGAGGAGUCAAUGUCUCAGCAGGUGUACAGAAGCCAACCGCGUUGCCUGGUGGGGCAGGUGCCCCGACCGCCGGGCACCAAGCCGGGGCGGGGCGGCGGGGUAGCAUUCCUCGUGAGCAGAAAGAAUGUUAACAAUUUUCAAGCUAAAAGUUCUACCACCAGUACGAAAAGUAGGAAAUCAAGAAAACAAACCUCAAGAAAACCAUCAUAUUAUUCAUAUAACUAAAUAUAAAAUUAUAAUUAUGUAAUAAGUAACAGUAGAAAUACAAAAA